CUCAGAUCAUACACCUCUGUUCAGGAGGCAUCUGCAGACACUGUAACACUUUCUGAAAGAACCGGGACGCUUAACUCUGUUUAUGGGAUAUAUUACUUACUUUGGACAUAGAGUGCCAUAUUAGAAAAUCUGAGUUUUACAAAUGAGAGGAGAAGAAAUGCUGUGCCUGCCUGACUCAGGCGACUGCUUACGGGAGCAGAUGCAGUACAUGAUGAGGUCACUGCAGGACCUGAAACAGCUCCGGAGGACCUGCCCUGCAGCCAGACGCCCCCUCAGCACCCAGCUCCCAGCGUUGGUGUGCCACUCUGCGGUGGCUCGGGCCUGUCAGCAGCGAGCGUUUCAGCGAGAGCAGCGCACACGCCUGAGGAUAUCUGACGCCAGCACAGCCAGCACGGCCAGCACAUACGACUCGGCCUGCUGCCUGGCGAGUCCUCUGGAGGAGGACGAGGACGACUCCAGCCUGAGCCUCAGACUGGGCUCUCCCAGCAGUCACAAAAGCUUGGAGUUUGAUUCAGGCUACUCUGAGGCGUCCUGGCAGGAUGAAGCGGUGGUUCUCAGGAGGACGAGGAACGUGCGGGUGUCCUCUUCAGCCUGCCUCCGUACAAACAGAGCUCCAAGUGGACGCAUCCGUCCCAAAUCCACGUCUGACGCCUGUCUAGAGACGUGGACAUCGUUUGAUGCAAACCAAGAGGACUGGACGAACUCUUUACUGACCAGGGGACGCAACCGCCAACCUCUAGUUCUGGGCGACAACAGCUUUGCAGACCUCGUACAGAACUGGAUGGACUUGCCAGAUUGUCCUGAACCCACUGAGCUGAAGCCGAAUGUAGGAAAUAGAGUGGGGAGGGGUUUCUUUGUCAACAUGAGGAAGAAACUGGUUGGGUUUUCUAAAAGUGUAGAGGACAGAGUGAGGAUGAGAUCCACAGACUCUGCGCACGUUGACAGAACUGCGAAUGCUGCAAAACGUCUGUCCUGUCCAGUAGCGGUAUCUCAGUCCAAAGUCCCUUUUUUCCACCAGUCUCACUCAGGCCUCAAUGAGAUGGACCCAGACUUUUACAACUUUGCAGCCCUCAUGAAAUCACGCUGCAGACAGCCGUUAAUCUGCAACAAUAUCAUUGGCUACGUCUGACACAGAGCCAUGUAUAGACUGGACAACCCUCGGAGUCACUUUAUAUUUGAUAUGACUGUUUCCCACUUUUUAUAUGCUGUGACUGCUAAAUGAAAUAAAGAUUGUCUCAUAAUUUAA